AAUUCAGGAGUGGGGGUAAGAGCGCACGAAGAGUGAAGCUAUAGACUGAAGCGAAGCGCAUCGCCAUUCGCGUCCUAGUUUUCUGACAACAAGUCGGCUUGAAGAAAACCACCUGGACCUGUCUCUCACUCCGGAUCAUCCCCGAAUCAUCUCGAAGAGAUUGGGCUCUUCUGUAUAACAACAACCCAGGUCUUCUGCGUCUGUCGUGUGAUCGACGAUAAGCAACGUGUGCGUAGGUCCUGGGAGCUAGAGUUAUAGACGCGCUCUCAAGAGAAGCGUCAUAACGCCACAACAACUCCACCUUGGAUCUGCGAAUUUAACAAAACUGUCCGGUUGAGAUCGACGAACGUCCAUUUGUAUUUUGUGUACAACCAUCGACGACAAGAUGCUCUGGACAAAGGAAGAAGUCGACCGCCACGUGCAGGACGUGUACUGCAACAUGAAAGACGAGACCGAGAAAAUUUUGAUGUGUUACAAAGUAGCCGAACUCUACUACAGUGUAGCUGACUUCGAAUCUGCUAGGCAGUACCUUUCUCGAUACGUCGAAUUUCAUAAAGAAGCAAAAGCUCAUAAACUCAUGGGCGAAAUACUCGAGGCUCUGGGACAGAAAAAAGCGGCAAUUGCACAGUACGAAUGUGCUUUCAAGCUGAAUUCCAGAGAGAAAGAGCUCAUUCCGAAAGUAUGUGAACUGCUGUCAGAUCCGGAAAUUGCAAGUGACAAUUCCAUCAGCAGAUUCUGGGUCGAAAACGCUUACCGAUGGUUUCCUCGGAAAUUAGUUUCCCAGCUGAAGGAAAAAAUCCCAGCGAUAGAAAGACUCACAUCAUACAAUGAAGAAAAUCUCGAAAAGCUCAUCAAAGCCGAAUUAGUCUCUCGACCAACGGAUGUUCAGCUCAAUAUAAAACUUCUGAAGCAUUACGUGAAAGAGAACAAGCUUGAUGAGGCUUAUAAGUAUGCCAUCGACAUCGAGACGACUCACGUUCACAGAAAUAGUUUGGUCUGGUAUCAAGAACUAACUGAAAUACUUCUAAAGUGCAAAAACAAGUGCCAGAAAAUCGGGUCCUUUUGGAUUGCAUACAUCUCUUCUCUGGAGCGUUACGCCGCCUUAUCGAUCAAAGGACUUUUCAGCUCAAUUAGAAACAUGUCUGGAGCCGUUAAAGCUGUUUACAACUUUGAUCAAUGUCUGUUCGAGGCGAAAUUGUUGUUGCCGUUCUUCCCCGAAUGCAUUUUGAAGCACAUGUGGGGUCAGCUAAACUUCCAUCUUGCUUGCUUGCUGCUAAUGGAUACACAUCGCGACCCAUUCGGCAGGAGUGAAGCAGCUUAUUUGUGCGCACCUUUGUUGCUCACCGCCAUGCUUGUCAAUCCCAUCGACUCGGAGGCUUUUUGGGAUCGGCAGCGGCUGCAAACUUGGUAUCACGAAGGAUCGUAUCGUUGCAGUCAAGCUGGUCAUGUCCUUUACAACUAUGCUAGAGGCAAUCACGAGAAACUUAUUAAUAAUAUUAAGAAGUUUUGUACCGGCCCAUGGAAAAAGCUGGUUUACAAGAGAAUUUUCGUGAGUAAAUUCUAUUAUGAAAAAGUGCAAAGCUCAUAUUUCCUGAACAACAAUGCGAUUGAUACUUCGUCACUUCGAUUUCUCUCGCAUAAUGAACUGCAAAAAUAUGACCAAGUUGCUGAAGAAGUAUGGUCAAAUUCCCUGCAUCAUCAAGUUUGGCCGGCUAUCAAGCUGCACACUAACAAUUCGUGCUCAAGCAUAUUCGAAGGUCCUCAGCCGAAUUUGACCUCGCACUUGUUUCCAGAUAUACCGUUUUCUGUUGAAAACCUUAGCCAAACUUCCCCUGACACCCUUAGUCGCCUCGAUGUCGAUGCGUUUCUCAAUUCAACAGCCUUUUGUGCCACGGCGGUUAUCGAGAAACAACAGACGAAUACCCUUGGGUAUUAUGGCCGAUCACAAACUUUACCGGCAGAUUUAACGGUCCCAUUGUGUUCUACCGAACAAGAAAAAUGGUGGCACGCUGCUUGCAAAAUCCAUCGUAAAGAGCUUUUAGACGACAAUUCUAAACUAUUCUUUCAACAGGGAUUAGAAGCUGUGCGUUGUAUUGGCAAUAACAAUUUACAUCCUUACAUCUUAGUACACUUAGCUCGAAUCUUCCAUUACAGGGCGAAACAAUUAAAGAAUGGAAAUAGUGAAAGCAACGACAUUCCUGCCUUGGAGUCUCGUUCGGAAAUGUACUGGUCGGCUGCCGUUCCUCUACUUCAAAAACUGCAAAAUAAUCAGACGAUUAGCUCGUCGUAUGUAAAAUUAUUUGAUUAUGCAGGAAGUCACAUGGACAGUAUAGAAUUAACGCACGCAAUUGAAGAAGGUAAAAUAGGGUUGGCACGGAAACUUGUAAGAAGUGGACAGGAUUACGAAGCAAUAAAGUCUCUAGAAGCAUUGAAGUGUCCAGAAGCAUCAUUUGAACAGGGCAAGAUUUACUUGAAAUUGAACGAUAAGCCACUCGGUUCACUGAAGGAAAUAAAAAUUUCACACAUAACUUUAUUACGCAAAGCGCUCGAGUGUUUUUACCUCACGAUGGAUCGCUUAUGCAGUCCAGAUACUGAUCCUAAACAUCCAUUAAAGUCAGAACUCGACAGCCACAUUGCCGCAGUGCAAAAUCAAUUGAAAAAAUUUGAUACAGACACUUCAUUUUAUGCUGUUCGAAACUCUGACUAUUGCGAUGAUCUGUCGUCUAAUAAAAGUUAUUCGUCGGCACACGAAGAUGAGCAUCUUAUAGAAACCGAUUCAUUACCAGAAUUGAUAGAUGCACCUCUUGAUUGUGAUAAAACACCGCUAAGUCUGGAGCGUCUCGAUGCAAAAAUUGAUCAAAUUGCUCGCUCCAUCGAAUCAUUGAAAGAUCAAAACAGAGCUAUUCUGUAUAAGCUUGACGAAUUUCUCAAAAUCAGUGCUUAUUGCAAAGAGAACAUGGAGCUGAACGCCAAAUCUUAUCCCCAGCCUGCCGGUAUUUACGGGUACUGUGCUAGUUAUAGCGAUCCUUCGCUGGUGACUCCAGGCGCCAACCGUGCCUCGGCUCAGGUGCCAAACUUAAUCGCUGUCGAACGUGAUGCUUUCUCGUCAGCGUUUGUCUAUCCACCUACUGCUGAUACCGAAACUUUCCCUAGCUACUCCGCAAACAAUAAUGGCCCGGCCUACGCCUCAGCAAUGAUCAAUCCAUUAGCAGUGACGAGACAGAACUCACCCGAUUCCUAUAAUUAUCCAGCACCCAGAGUCCAUCAUGCUCCAGCAGCUGCCAAAUUCGAUUACGACCAGAGGUUGGGUGGACAAUGGCCCAUGUAUGGGGCUCAUGAGAAUAUCGCAACCCAACAGCAGCCAGCUAAGAGUGAACCUGAGCUUUGCUACGGUAUUAGCUCAACUACAACCUCAGCGGGUUCGUGUCCCAACGUUAUCAUGACCAUUUCGGAAACGCUGCCAACAACAUAUUCGUCAAUCCGACCUACGUUCAGUUUCCCGACAUUUCAUACAACUGCACCAGUAAAAACGUCAAAAACAGCUAACACGUUUGAUAGAUGUUGCGAAGACAAAGUGUUCUGCCGCCGUGCUAUACUCUACCGAUUUAAUUGCAAUACGAGAGAAUGGAUAGAGCGAGGCACGGGUGAGAUGAAGCUGCUCUAUCAUCGGGAGCACGGCACCUACCGUCUGCUGCUGCAACGCGAGCGGCUGCACAAACACGAGAUCGUGUGCGAUUUUCCUCUGACUUCAGAUCUAGAAUUCCGCGAGCUUGGCACGUCGGACACAAGCUUGACGUGGACUGGUAUGAAUCACGCCGAGGCUGAUAGUCCCGAGGUUGAAACGCUCGCGGUGAAGUUUGAAACGCCCGGGCUUGUCUUAUUGUUCAAAAGAGCAGUGGAGCAAGCACAGAAGGACAUCGUUGAAAAUCAGGUGUAACAUAGCCAAGUGCCAAAUUACGCACGCAGGAUUACACUAAGCAAUAUUUGUCGAGAGAACGAACGUUUCUGAGCUGCUGAAAUGAUAAAGGGAAUUAAUAAUUUAAUGCAGAGUAGGGUGGGUAUUUUUGAUUCUUUUAUUAGGUCUAAACGAGGUUGCGCGCACAGUUUUGAAGAACUUUUUGAUACGAUUUAUGAGCUAGUAUCUUCCUAAAUUUUUGCCUGGUUCUUUUAAUUUCUUUCACAUCAAAUUGAUAUAAAUGAUGUUUGUUUCCACUACAUUAAAUCUUUAUAUUCUCUAUACCAAUGAAAUCGCCUUGGAACUAGGCGAUCUUUUUUUAUAAAUACCAUCGAAUAAAGUUUUUUCUACUAUUAUAUUUUCGUUUAACAUGCGAAUCGGCAUGAUUGAUAAUACUGUUAACGAGUUUACAACGAAGCUAGUAUUUAUCUGUACUUAUUACAAUACAAUGCGAUUAGAUUAAUAGUCUGUUCUUCUCAAACUAGAAACGCUUUGUGCAUUUGUAAACUUUAUUAUUGAAUAAAAUGAAUGAUUAUUUUUAAGUUAA